AUGCGUACAAUAGAUGUUCUAACAACCGUUGCCAACAAUGGCACAGUCAGUUUCGAGCGUCUCUACCGCACCAAAACAGAACGCACACCUAUUCCCAUCGACAAGGUCCUCAACAAGCCCUCAGGCUACUGCUUCGUCUUCCAGAACCCACUCGACUUGCACAAGCUCCUCGAAGACCCUGACCCUGCCAGCGUGGCCAUAUGCCAAGGCAUGAAAAAGCUAAGAUUCGACCUCCUACAGCACAUUGCAAGGGAUAAGGUGACUUUCAGGGAGGCCUUGGACGGGAAAUUCAAGAGCGUUGACCUGCGGGCACUCAUGGAGAACUGGAGAAUGGCCUGUCGAAAUAUACCAAAAGACCAUGGCCUGGAGGAACUCACGUUCGAUUUGUCCCGUGCGAAAGAGCUGUGCAAGUUGCAUGUAGUCAGCAGCACAGUCCAGCUGAUCAGUACAACUCUGGUUCUCAAGGCGGCUCAGAAUUUACGAUGUUGGAUUCAAGGAUUGAGCAACAUGAACCGGUGGGAGACGUGUCAUGUGCAGAUGGCUCUUGUGCUUCUCUGGAGGUCUAAAUUCAGCGACGUACAUGAGAUGAUGAGACUUUGUGGAAAAUUGAACAUGUCAUGGAAUAAUGCGUACAGCUCUGGCGUAGGUAUUUCUACACAGAGUAAUACAUGUAGUGGAAUUGAAAUUCCAAAAGAUAUCAAGGCAGCAUAG